AUGACUUACAAAGUUAGCUGUUGUGAUGAUGGAUCUGGUCAAACUGUCGGUACUCUCCUGAAAUUUGAUAAUGUUGUUACCAUCCUAAUAGACCCUGGUUGGGCCAGCUCCGCCGUGUCAUACGAAGAUAGUGUCCGUUAUUGGACCAACGUCAUUCCUGAAGUAGACAUAAUACUACUAUCCCAACCCACCGGUGAAUGUCUAGGAGCCUACACGUUACUUUACACAAACUUCCUAUCUCAUUUUAAAUCAAGAAUUGAAGUAUAUUCCACCUUACCCAUCGCCAACUUAGGCCGUGUAUCUAUGAUUGAAUCAUACGCAUCCAAGGGAAUAAUAGGCCCUUACAACACAAAUAGGCUAGACCUCGAGGACAUAGAAAAAUCAUUCGACCAUAUCUCCAUUUUAAAAUAUUCUCAAACGGUUGACCUUCGAUCGAAAUUUGAUGGAUUGUCGUUAAUAGCGUAUAAUUCGGGGUCAAACCCUGGUGGUACUAUUUGGUCCAUUUCCACAUACUCAGAAAAGUUGAUAUAUGUACAUCGUUGGAAUCAUACCAGAGACUCGAUAUUGAACCCCGCGUCAUUGUUGGAUCAAACGACGGGGAAACCACUAGCGAGUUUACUGAAACCAUCCGGUGUCAUUACUACAUUGGAUAAAUUUGGGUCCAUAGAUCCCUUCAAGAGACGUGUUAAGUUGUUUAAGGGAACCGUAUGGAAUAGUUUGAAUAAUAACGGGAGUGUGUUGAUCCCGGUAGAAAUGGGAAGUGGGAAAUUCUUGGAUAUCCUGGUUAUAAUUCAUGAGUUCCUUUUUGAAAACGGGAAGAACCCGUUUUAUAAACAUUUACCUGUUUUACUUGUGUCUUAUUCGAAAGGGAGAGCCUUAACUUAUACGAAAUCCAUGUUGGAAUGGUUGUCCAGUUCGUUGUUGAAAACUUGGGAAUCGAGGAGUUCAAAUCCGUCGCCGUUUGAUUUGGGAAAUAGAUUUAAAGUUGUUACGUCUGAUGAAUUGUCGAAAUAUCCAAAUUCAAAAAUUUGUCUGGUUUCCAAUGUAGAUAUCUUGCUCGACGAGACUGUUGCGCAUCUAUGUGAUAGCAAAUCACAACAUCAAAAUAAAACAACAAUACUCUUAACAUCAAACAUGAACAAUGGUAUACUACAGAAUAUGAAAGAAUGUUGGGAAGAACAAAAGGUAAAAGAAGGAGACCUUAUAAAAUUCAAUAAAACCAUAUCAGUACACAACAUACAGCUCGAUCCCUUAAAUGACGAAGAAUUAUCGGAGUAUAAAUCAGUUCUAGAGGAAAGAAAGAAUAAAGAAAAAUUAAUUAUAGAAUCAAUAAAAAGAGGCAAACAUAAAGAUAAAAUAUUAACACUUGAUUUGCAUGGAAAAGAUAGUAUAUUGGAUGCAAGUCGGAAGAGUAGUAUAAUAGAUUUAACUAAUGCAGAUGAGGAGGAGGAAGAUGAAGAGGAGGACGAAGACGAAGACGACGCAUUAAGUUCCAAAGCUUUAUAUGCUAAAAGAAUUCAUACCCCAGUAGAUAUAAUAAUUCAACCAAAUCUUCCACCAAAAUCCAAAAUGUUCCAAUUUUACCCUACAAAGUUGAAAACAGAUGAUUAUGGUACGGUUAUCGAUUUUACCAUGUUGAUACCGAAAGAUGAUGAAGAUGAUAAAGACUUUGAAUCAGAACUGACCAAGAAAAGACGUAUAGACCGUCUACAAAAUAAGGGACAAGAUACCGAGGAUAUGAAUAUGCCUGUUGCUCAAUUUACUAAAAAAGAAAAACUUAAUCAAAAUAACAACAAUACAAUCACGGAUAGUUCUUUCAUUCAACCAAAUUUUGACAAUAUAGAUUUUUUGAAAACGGAUAAUACACCACAAAAAAGAACAUUAACUAAAAAGAACCAUAUCAUUAAUUGUUCCAUUUCAUACAUCAAUUUAGAAAGUCUCGUAGAUCAAAGGUCUGCCUCAGUAAUUUGGCCAUCAUUAAAGCCAAGGAAACUUAUUUUGUUUGGCCCAGAUAAAAUUCAAGAUCGCACAUUAAUGAAAAUCUUAGUUAAGAAGGGUGUUGAUGUCACAGCUCUUCCAUUGAACAAACCCACGGAGUUCACAACAUCCAUUAAAGCUUUUGAUAUCUCCAUUGAUCCAGAAUUGGAUCAAAUAUUAAAUUGGCAAAGAAUUAGUGACGGUUAUACGAUUGCCCAUGUAACGGGACAUCUCGUGAAAGAAAUUCCGAAUGCAACAGCGACACAAGCUACGAAGAUACAACAAAAUACGAAAAAUAAGUUAAUAUUGAAACCACUAAAUAGUAUGACUAAAGUUCACGCGAGUGGUGCAUUAUCAGUGGGUGACGUGAGACUUGUGGAAUUGAAAAGAAAUUUAACGGCGAAAAAUCAUGUAGCAGAAUUCAAAGGUGAAGGGACAUUAGUAGUGGAUAAUAAAGUCACCGUUCGUAAGAUAAGUGAUGGUGAGACCGUUAUAGAUGGACCGCCAUCUGAGUUGUUCCAACUUGUCAAGAAAUCCGUCACUGAAAUGUUGGCGAAAAUAUAG